UCGUUUCACGAAACAUUCUCUCAGUUUUUCUUAUGAUCUAGGAAGAUAUCCUUUCGUAAAAUGAUGCGAUUACCUAUCAUUAGUGCUUUUGUACUCCUCUGUGGCUCGAAUGCAAAUGCAGAAUCUCCAUGCAAAUCUUCACCUUGCAUCACUGUCGAUGUUUAUUACGAGUCCCUCUGCGGAGACAGCAUGAUGUUCAUUAGAAAUGAACUAGUGCCAUCAUAUCCUGACCUCAAAGAUUACCUAAAUAUCAACUUUAUUCCCUAUGGAAAGGCCUCUACCAAACUAGAGGAAUCCAAGAAGUACUCGUUCACUUGUCAACACGGCCCAGUCGAGUGUCAAGGAAAUAAGGCCCAAGGGUGUGGAUACGACGCAAUUCUCAACUCUGGCAAAACAUAUGAAGAAAAACAAUCUCUAGCUGUUGCUUUUAUCGGUUGCGCAAUGUCCAGUGAUAAUCCAGGAACAGCUGUGCCAGAAUGCGCUAAAACGACGGGAUUGAGCGAAGAAACGAGGAAAGUCAUCGACGAUUGCAUAAAUUCGGAAAAAGGAGAUGCUCUUCUGGCCGGUUAUGGAGAGAAAACUCAUGAUUUGAAUCCUGCAUUGACAUCUGUACCAACUAUUAUUCUCGAUGGGGUAUACUCCAAGGAAAAUCAGAGAGCAGCGGAAUCAAACUUCAAAAAACUCAUCUGCGAUCGGAUUCCUGACAAACCAGCUGCUUGUUCCAAGUGAAUAAAUCAAGAAGAUAUUUUUUCAAUUCAUUCCCAAUGAUUUAAAACUUGUUCUGGGCGUGAUUUUACAAUGGAGAAUAAAUGCGUGAAUGAGUGAAUUAUGAAACGUAAUAAAACUGAAGAAUAAAUGAAUGAUAAUACAUAG